AUGAGCAGACAACGAUCCAAACGACGAAGGAAAACCCAAGCGGCGCUCACUGACGAGCAAAUCCGAUUGUUGGACCAAGUCGACUUUCCAUGGGAACCAAGAAAAGAAAGAUUUGAGAGGGGAUGGAUUGUCAAGUAUCAAGAACUAGCCCGCUUGUAUGAGAAAGAUGGGCAUCCGAAGGCGGUCAAAUAUCAAAGCUCUCUGUCUGCCUGGAUGAACAAACAAAGGCGACGACGAUUUGGAAAGGGCGACCAUAAACUGCUCACUGAUAAGCAAAUUCGACUGUUGGAUACUAUUGAUUUUCCCUGGGCUCCUCACGAGAUCGGCUGGCACACCAAGUAUCAGGCACUCGUCGACUUUUACAAAGAACACGGGCAUGUGAAUGUGCAGAAUGGAAGUAGUUUACACAAUUGGGCGAGGAAUCAGCGUAGCAAACGGGUUGGAAAGGGGUUCGGCGCGCCACUCACGAGGGAACAAAUCCGAUUAUUGGAUGGCAUUGGCUUCACCUGGGCUCCGACAGGAGGUCCACAUCAAAUUGCCUGGCAAAAGAAAUACCAAGAACUAGCCGAAUUCUACAAAACGUAUGGGAAUCUAAAGGUGAAGGCACCAAGUAGUUUGUACACUUGGAUGCGGACACAACAAUACAGGCGAGCGGGAAAGGGGGCUUGCCUGCCUCUGACUGAUGAACAAAUCCGACCGUUGGAUGAAAUUUGUUUCCCUUGGCGGGCCCCAAGAAUUCGAGGUUCUGGUGGGGCGAACGAGGCAUGA